UAUGCUCUCAAACAACAGUCGCACUUUGCAUAUACAUACUCUCGUCUCGUACCCUACAAACAAGCCUGUACACUGAGCAGAGCUGAGUUAGUAGUCAUUCAAAGGUUGCUUGCUUGUUGAUUUUUGUGUGGUGAUGUGAUGAUGGCCUAGACCAGCUGAGCUGAGCCAGUUCGAGUUCGACAGCACUCGAGGAAGGGUUUCCCCAUGGUUGGCCAUUCGAUUCGGUCGGUUCGGUAUUGAGUUGUUGUCUCGUUUCGGGUGUGUUUUAUUUUUGCUUUCCCGUCUCUAUUUCGGAAAGUUGCUCCGGUCUCUGUGUGAUGUUGUUGGGUGGUUGACUCUGGCCUUUUUCUCGUUGGGUGGGUGAUAUUGAUGAUGAUGUAGUAUUCGUGUCCUACCACACACCAGCCAGUCUGCUAGCCAGAAUCAGAAGCAGCAGCAGUGUUCCGUAGAGCACCAGUUAGAGCAAUAAACAGCUGAGGAAAAUAAGCAGAGAGUAGAGAAAUUUAAAAUACCUACAAAAAAAUACUUCGCCAUAUUGAAUCGCGAGAACAUUUCGAAAGGUUCAACUUUUUCUUGGUUGCCCAGAAUUGUGGCGAAGAAUUGGUUCAUACUUCCUCGAGGAUGGUGUGGUGAUUCGUUGAGAAUUUCGAGCUCUAGAAGUACGACCAUUUGCAAAGUGUCUCAUCAAGUUUUGGGGCGUUCGAAAAGUGCUAACUCAAAAGUGUGUAGAUGUCAAUCGUCGGUCUGAAUCCUGUACAAUAAAUAAAGUGAAAUUUUGGAAAUUUACUAAGAAGAUACAUAUCUUCAGUGCAGUGAAACGGGUUCAAGUGUGAUGCGAUUGUAUUUGACGAAGAUAGGUCGAGUUGCUUAGUGCAAAAGGUGGAGCUAUUCGAUAGCUCUUAAAAGUUGCUCCAGAGUAGCUUAAAACCUUCACUCAACGAGUCUCAAUCAUCUGUUCGAGUUGGACAAAAAGACAACGGUGGACGAAGACGCAAAGUGUGACCAAGAUGAACCACCAAGUGUCCAGAAAUAGAUUCGAGAAAACGUAUAUAGUGCCAGACGAUGAAAUAUCCAAAAAACUACCCAAAGAAAUUCUGUUACGAAUUUUAUCCUACCUUGACGUCACCUCGCUUUGUCGCUGCGGACAGGUUUCCCGGUACUGGAACAUGCUGGCCCUGGACGGAUCGAACUGGCAGAAAAUCAAUCUUUUUGACUUUCAAAGGGACAUUGCGGGUCCCGUGAUAGAGAACAUCUCGCUCCGGUGCGGAGGAUUUCUCAAAUAUCUCUGCCUGCGGGGCUGCCAGUCGGUGGGCAGCCACUCGAUCCGAACCCUUGCUCAACACUGCCAUAACAUUGAACACCUGGACCUGGCCGAGUGCAAGAAAAUCACCGACGUUGCCAUACAGCCGCUCAGCAAGUACUGCUGCAAACUGAUCGCCAUCAACCUCGAGUCCUGCUCGCAGAUCACAGACUGUAGCCUGAAGGCGCUCUCCGAUGGAUGUCCGAAUUUGGCUGAAAUCAAUGUUUCCUGGUGCAAUUUGAUCACGGAGAACGGCGUCGAGGCGUUAGCUAGAGGGUGCAAUAAAAUCAAAAAGUUCAGUUGUAAAGGAUGCAAGCAAGUUAACGAUCGGGCUGUGAUUGCUCUAGCAAUCUACUGUCCCAACAUAGAGGUAUUAAAUCUCCAUAGCUGUGAUAGCAUAACAGACGCAUCUGUAUCGAAAAUAGCCGAAAAAUGCAUUAAUCUUAAACAACUAUGCGUAUCAAAGUGUUGCGAGCUGACUGAUCAAACGCUUAUCGCGCUGGCAACUUACAACCACUAUCUGAACACGCUGGAAGUCGCCGGAUGUACUCAAUUCACAGACUCGGGAUUUAUAGCGUUAGCGAAGAGCUGCAAAUAUCUGGAAAGGAUGGAUUUGGAAGAGUGCAGCCAGAUAACGGACGCCACGUUGUCCAACCUAGCCGUCGGUUGUCCAAGUUUAGAAAAAUUGACUUUAUCGCACUGCGAGCUGAUCACGGACGAAGGCAUCCGGCAGCUGGCCGCUGGCGGUUGCGCUGCCGAGAGCUUAUCCGUCCUGGAGCUGGACAACUGUCCGCUGAUAACGGAUGCGACGCUCGAACAUCUGAUAUCCUGUCACAACCUGCAGCGGAUAGAGCUGUACGACUGCCAACUUAUCUCUAGGAAUGCCAUCCGCCGACUUAGGAACCAUUUACCAAAUAUCAAGGUACACGCGUAUUUUGCCCCAGUAACACCGCCACCGACCACGAACGGACCACGACCCCGGUACUGUCGAUGCUGUGAGAUUCUCUGAGAUCAGGCGAUCGGCUUAGCCAGAAAGGUACUCUGUAGGAGCAGAGACGACUGAUAUUUAUACUUAUAAUCGUAAUCGUAUAAUACCUAGUAAGAGAAUGUCAGCGGCUCGAGGCGAUGGCUCGACACAUUUGACAGAACCGCGUGUACGGUAUAAGUGUUUUUUUUUAGAUUAAUUUCCGUACGUACGUCCGUACAGUGAAAUUGGAAGCUGUUUUAAGAUCUAUAGCUAAAUCUUUGAAAUAUCCUCGCUUUGAGCGGGAUAUGUGUAUGCUAGUUUCGGAACAAAAAUGUACUGUGAAUGAUAAUAAUUUAAUCAUUGAAAGAAUCCAUCCCAAAACGUCAUUUUUUGAUUGCGUACGAUCGCAUCGCUCGAAGAAAUCAGAACCACAGAUAACAAUCCCACGAAGUGUUGAAUGUUCUUCAAAACGGAAGUUGAGACAGAUGCAUGUUUAUAUUUGAGAUGGAAGUUUGUAAAUUGUUCGUAAAUUGAUAUUUGGGGUGAUGCAUCAGUCGAGCGAUUUUUUGGUAGAUGCCAAACACGCAGUUAUGAAAAAAAUUCGUCAGUACUCUUCUUACUGUUCUACAAUCAAGUAUCGCACCCAAAUAAGUCGACCCUUCGGGUGCUUCGGGUUACGUUAUCUGUGAGCUCUCUAUCAAAUCGGUUAAACAUUUUCAAAACUACAAUCAAAAACUUUCUUUUAUAUAAAAAAAAUUGAACUCUAAUAUAUCAAUUAAUGGAACCAGACUAACAUUUAUUAUACGACGUCGAUGUCCUUUGUAACUGUCGAGCAUUUCUUUUACUUUCGAAAGUUUUGAUUGCCAAAAACGAAUCUUAUUUUGUUGGAAGUGGUGCUCAGAAUCCUUCCGAAAAUGUGUACUCGACUCAAUCAAACAUUGAAAACCAGUGUCAUUGAAUUAAUUGAUACCUAUUUUAAUAGAAAGAAGAUUUGGUCAAAUUUUUGAGUUAGCAGAACGUGAAGCAACCAAAAUCGUAAAUUGUCUAACAAACAUGUGUUCAAUUAGUAAUGAAAAAUGGAACAAACGAGUAGCAUAAACCAAACUAAAGACAAACUUAAAUCGAAAUAACUGGAAUUUGGCAUUGCACUUUUGUUGUGACACGUGACGAAACAGUUAUGGAAAUGGUGAAUACAUCCAUUAUAUGGCCCAACAAUUUACAGAAAAGUACACGUACUAAUUCGAUCAUCAAAAUCUGAGAAGCUGAAGCACGGCAACGACAGUAGAGCCCUUGGACAGACAAUAAUCGGCAUGUACCUACCGCCGUUUUUUGAAAUAUCGUGAAAUCGUGUCACAAAGUCAAGCGGGGUUCGGUCAAAAUACUGAACAGAAGACUGCAACUGAAAAAAUAUUGCUACCUACUUUAACUUUGGUCGAGAAAAUACCAGCAUUAGAGCUACAUCGUUCGAGCUAGGGGUUACCAUUGUAAAAUUUAUAUCGAUUUUCAAGGGGUAAUAUCUGUUUUUAUUAAAAAUUCUUUGAAGCGAAUUUGCACUUGAUUUUUGGAUACUGAGAAAGGGAGAAAGAGAGAUUAAAUAAUACAUUUACGGCGUGUUGUUCGUAAAUUGAUUUUUUAGAUGAUGCCAUCAAUCGAUCGAUUUUUUUGGUAGAUGUCAAACCACUUUCCUGUGCUUUUGCAUACGUUUGUAUAUAAUUUACGAACGCCAGCAUCGAUAAAACGACAGAAAAAAUCAAUUUACGAACACGCCAUAAGUUUAGAUGGGAAGAAUGUGGGAUAUAUUGGUCUGAAUCGAGUUCCAGUGAUUUCAUUUGGGCUGAUGGAAUUUCACAUACUUAAUCUUUUUUGAUAUUUGAAGGUCGAAAAUAAGAUCUUUGCUUGGUGAGGUCGUCGAGUUUAUUCUGCGAAUGCAGUUGUGGUUGGACGAGCUAUAUUAUCUGAUUUCGAACGGAUAUCACCUUUUUUUUAAUCCGACCUUCAAUUUUCUUCGCUUACUUUUCUCUCCUCCACGAUAAGGUAAAAAAGGCGUCAAUUUUUUUGAUCCUAUUUUAAGCCGAUCAAAGUUAGAAAACACAAUGAUACUCUUGUCUUGCAAGCACAGAAAACAAGAAAAAUAAAACUCGUUCGAGGCUGAACUGAGGAAGAACUGCUGAAAUCAUGUUAAAAUAAGAGAAUAAAGGUACCAAAGAAUUGAAGCUCAAAAGAAAACCACAGUAUUAAAAAUUAGAUCAGAAGGAAGCAGUAUAAACCUGAAAUAAGGGUCGAAAAAAUAGUAAUUUAAUCCUGAAUUUGAAAAUUAUAAGCUGCGCGGGUUUACUGAAAUCAGAGCUGAACUAUAUUUUUCUUUGAUGCAGUUUGUUGUAUUCAAACUUAAGGUUUGUUUAAAAUUCCUCGGUGAGAAAAUCGAUUGAAUUAGUUAUUUUCUUCGAUUAUUCAAUGUUAUUAAAUCACAGACAAAAAAAAGUAGGUAUGUACUUUAUACAAUGGUAACUCGUCACGCCCCCCUAAUGCCUAACAUUGUGAACGAAUUGUUAGGAUCAUGUUACAGAAAGGAAACCGAAUAAAAUCUUACUAACAUAAAUUCAUUAGCUGUAAUAUCGAAACAAAAAGCAGAAAAAAACACUAAAUUAUCGAAUCAAAAUAGAGCAACAAAACAAUAUAUUACAACGCAUGUAAAUCACAACAACUCACAGCCCUGGGCAACUAUACGUGUUGUUGUAAGUAACUAUGUAGAUAUCGGUCGAGGGCCAAGCUCGGGAUGUUCGAGGAUAACGCAAAAUUCUCGAGAACGACGCGGGAACGAAUCAUUUGGAGCGCAAGCUUUUUUCGCUCUAGGCUCACAUUUUGAAUAAAAUAACAAUUAAAAAAAUAUAUCGUAGUGAAAAAUGAACGAUUAUAAGAGAAAGGCGAGCGAGAGAAAGGGGUGUGGAAAAUGAAGGCGACCUGAUUAGCACGAAUGAUUUCGAUCGAUGAAUUAAUUUUUGAGAUAGUAAAAACAAGCAUUUUAAACAGUCUGGAUGACGAAAGGACAUGUGAAUGCGAUGUGAGUGUGCAAGGCGCGUUUAGAACUGAUGGAGCAAACGCGGAAGAUAGAAAACGAUACGAUAGAUUUAUAGUCUUAAAAGGAAUGAAAUACGGCAAGCUAUUGAUGUUGAAGGAGCUAAUUUGAAUGUGAUUUAUACAUAAAACAUUAAAAUUAUAUUACGGGAUUAAAAAAUCACAUUAGAAAUGGAAUAAUAAAAUUCAUGAUUUUAGAUGA